AUGACCACAGCUAUUUCGCCGAAGCCAACAGCUUUUCGGGCCCCGUGUCUCCUUGAUCCGAACCAACCCGUCAAAAGCCUGUCAAUUGCGUUUUGGCUUUGGAAGAUUCUCCUCUUUGUUAUCAUAAUCAGCUGCCCCGGGCUUGGGUAUGAUACCUCCUCUAGCCUUCUUCCGUACCAAAGCAACGACGUGGUUGAUGUCAUAUCUUCCGUUCAGAGUAAACAGGAGUAUAUUUCGAUCCCGUUGAAGUUUCUCCGAUGGGACUCAAUCUACUUUGUACACAUAGGACGGAUCGGUUAUGUCUUUGAGCAGGAAUGGGCAUUCAGUUAUACGUACAGUAAUCUAGUCAAUUAUCUGUCCUCAUUUCUUUUCCCAUCAGAUGAUUCGAACGGAGUAGCUGGAUUUGCAGUAACGGGGGUGAUAGUGUCUCAUGUUGCUCACUACCUUUCAGUCUUGGCCUUGUACCGGCUCUCUAUCAAUGUAUUCGGACAUGAUACCCAAAGGAAACGGCUCGUUUGCUUUUUAGCAGCGGCCCUACACAUCAUUAGUCCGGCUGGCGCAUUUCUCACUGCACCCUAUAUGGAGGCUCCUUUCUCAUUCCUCAACUUCACAGGACUCUACAUCUACUCAUCGUCCCACAUUGAUCUCAACUCAGGGAAACGGUCUUUGAGCCAUGUGAAAUUGUUGCUAUCUGGGUGCUUCUUCGCGGUAGCCACUACCGUGCGCAGCAAUGGUAUUCUCAGUGGGAUUCCCCUAGUAUUUGAUGCCCUUAUCCACUCCUACGAUAUUGUUUCUCGGCGUUACUUUUGGGCGGCGGGCAUUCGCCUGUGCUUCGUUAUUUUAAGCGGCUGUAUUGUCGCUUUGGGUUUUGCUGUCCCCCAGUACCUUGCCUAUACCACGUUUUGUAUGGACGAUAAUAUCUCGCGACCUUGGUGUCAGUCGCUUGUCCCAAGUAUAUAUGGUUGGGUCCAAGCUCAUUAUUGGGGCGUUGGUUUUCUCCGAUAUUGGACGGUUUCGAAUAUCCCACUAUUCUUACUUGCUGCGCCCAUGUUACUAAUUCUCCUUCUAUCAUCAUUUUGGGCAAUGGGUGCGGGUACUCCAGCCUCUGCUUUUAACAUCUUUCUCAAAUCUGUUCCUGCACCGCCUUCUGGCCCCGCCUCCACGCUACUCACACGGCUGGCCGUAGCGCAAUUCAUCCUAACAGCAAUGGCUUUAACCAGCUAUCAUGUCCAGAUCGUCAACAGGAUUUCGUCGGGAUACCCGUUGUGGUAUUGGUACCUUGCCUGCCAGGCAUUGGGGACUUCGGAACGCACUCCGCCGACGGUUAAAUAUAAGAACCAUUUCCCGGCGCUUGUACAAGUCAUGGCGAUCUAUGCACUGGUUCAAGGUGUUCUUUUCGGGUCUUUUCUUCCUCCAGCUUGA